UUACAGUUUGACCUAGUAGGGAGGAUUGGGAUGUUUCUGGACUCAGACAUGAUUUCUAUGAAGUCAGAUGGUUCAUCAAGACCUGCCUAUAUAAAGGGACUGUGUCCAUGCAGAUGUACAAACUGAACUCUCUCAACAAGGUCAGUUAUCAGUGAAACAGCCACGCUUGUAUCAUUUUGAGGAUCUUCCAGUUUCAAGAAUUUUUACGAGAAAACAUCAACAUGGCAAAUCGUUACGGCGACAUUAUGGGAGUUGACACUACCGGUGCCUCAUGGGCAACAGCGAAUGCUGACGGGAAAAGUUACAGUGGCGUGUCAGCAUCUCAUGAAAUGGCAAAGCGUGAUCGCCCCUACGUGGACAAGUACAAGGGCCGCAUCACCAGUGCAGGGCAAAAGUAUGGAGUGGACCCAGCUGUCCUCGGUGGUAUCAUCUCUAGAGAAUCCAGGGGUGGGACAGGACUGGUCAAUGGCUCAGGGGACAAUGGAAAUGCCCAUGGGCUAAUGCAGGUUGACAAGCGCUACCACAGUCCAAAGGGGGCAUGGGACAGUCAGGAGCAUAUCGACCAAGGCGCACAGAUUUUGGCUGGCUCCUAUUCAGAUGUUGAGAGAAAAUAUCCUCAUUGGCCCAAGGAGAAGAAGCUGAAAGGGGCGUUGGCAGCCUACAAUAUGGGGGCUGGCAGCAUCUCCUCAUAUGAGCAGGUGGACGCUAAAACCACUGGAGAGGACUAUUCCAAUGAUGUUGUAGCCAGAGCUCAAUAUUUCAAAAAGCAUGGCUAUUAAAGUCUCACCGGCCGACUGGCAGUCUGUCAUUCCAAGGAAAGAGAAUUACAUCUUCUUUUUUUGACUUCUGCUAUAAAAUCCUAUUAAAACGUUGGAUUACAAUGUAAUUUUAUGUUCAUAAACAAUAGUUAUAAUCUGUAGGAUAUUACAGACAUUAUUACAUUGUAUUGUUUUUUGCACAUGUUUAUGCAUUCAUCUCUAACAUUAUAGUUCACUUACAUAAGUAAUGUAAGGCUUUGCCGUCCAAGGGUUUACAACAAUGCUUUACAUUACACGUCACACAAGUGCCUAAUAAAACGCAUU